CCCGGCUAUAGAUAUUUCCUUAUGACCCUCUAGUUUCUAAUUGACGUUUGCCGACAUAAGCCUAAACAUCUCAUCCUUCUGCCUAAUGAAUUUCUGCCAUUGUCACGAAGGAAGAGAGUUCAACCCAAUCUUUCAUCUUAUUGAAAAGGAAUUGUUAAGGUGUGUUUGAUGCUAUUGCAGGGAGUAAGUCAACAGUGUAUAUUGCUUCCCAAGAGGGGCUCAAAGAAUAAGUGACGAGAUUAAGAGCUUGCGUGGACAGCCAUCAGAUGGUGUGUGCUAAAAAAAUGGAGGAGUUUGUAGCAUAAUCAGUAAGAGAUGCAAACAUGAUUCCAUGGAUUGUGAUGUAAAAUCAACAUCGCAGCGUUCCACAAUGGGUGAAUCUCCAUCGCUCCUAUCUUUGUGCAUGGAAGCAGUGACUAAAGAGAUACUCUCUGGUGAUGAUGCUUUUCCGGAGAUAUACGAUCUUCCCUCGGAGCUGUUCGAUUGCUUAUUGAUGCACUCGCCUCCUCUGGCCUUGCAGAAGUUACAAGAACAGUUGCGAUUUGAGGACUUAAGUGAUCAUGAAUAUACUGAUGAUUACUCUAGUGUUGGAAGAAAACGCCGAAGACAUGAUAACUUCAAUACAGCAUGGAAGGCAUUAUUCAAUUCACGGUGGCCUGAUCUUGUUGGACAGAUUCGGCCAGUGGAUUGGUUUACCAAACAUAGGGUAUGGUUUACCAAACAUAGGGUACCAAAGUAUGAUUUGACAAGUGAAUGGCUGAAAAUUUAUUGGGAGACACAUUUGCAGAAUUGCUUGGAUGAAGCAGUUGAGGUUGCUUUGCUCCCUUCUUUUGAUGGACAUAUUUCUGAGAUAAGAAUUCCUGACACUAUUAUAAAAUCCAUUGGUUGUGAGGGGCACACAAGUCAUUCAACUUGUAAUUUCUCGAAAUUAUCUCAUCAUUGUGAACGUUUUGGGUACUAUGCUAGGUUCUUACAAUAUGUUCUUUUCUUGAGGCAGAUGUCUGAGACUUCAAAAUGUUCUUUGCAGUUCAGAAAUUUCUCAUUUAUUAAGGAACUGCAAGUUGCAAAGCCUGGUAGUGCGGAGGAUCAAAUCCAAACUGCAUGGCCAUAUAAUUGCCACAGUGAUGUCUGGGUUGAUGGGUUGUGCAAACUUCUGAGCCAGAACAGUGAAACAUUAAUGACACUUGAAUUCAUUGAUUGCAAGCUUUCUUCAACUUUUCUGAAUGCAAUUUGUGGUUCUUUAUGCAUGAAGGGUGUACAGACACCCAAGGUGCAGCACUUCUCAAUCAAAUCAUCAAGCUUUCUUGAAACCAACAUGGUUUCUUUGCCUAUUGGACUUGAAUCUCUUCUGUCGGGAAGGUUCUUGAGCUCAUUAAGUUUCAGCGACAGCCAGCUUGGGAGAAAUUUUGCAACAAUGGUCUUUAAUAUCCUUCUUGAUGCUUCAUCUAGCCUGUCCAUCCUUGAUCUUUCGGAAAACAAUAUUUCUGGUUGGCUGUCAAAUUUUAACUUGAGACCCCCAGAUUGUUCCCUAUCACAUAUAGGACUAGGCAAGUCUUUGCAGUCAUUGCGCGUGCUCAAUUUAAGGGGAAACAACUUACACAAAUACGAUGUAGGCAGUUUAAAACAUGCUCUGGCUCUUAUGCCUAAUUUGGAGACUCUGGAUAUAAGUGGCAACCCCAUAGAGGAUGAUGGGAUCAAGAAUUUAUUUCCCUACAUUAUUGAGGCUUCUGAGGGAAACUCUCGCCUUUCUAACCUGAGGCUGGAGAACUGUGAGCUUUCUUGCAAUGGAGUGACUCAACUUUUAGAAAUUCUUUCAACCUUUAAGAAACCACUAUAUUCUCUUUCUAUUGCAGAUAAUGACCUUGGCAGCCAAAUAGCUGCACCUCUGGGAAAGUUCGGCAAUUUCAUUAAAGUACUCGAUGUUAAAGAUAUUGGACUGGGUUCAUCUGGUUUUCUUGAUCUGCAAAAAGCAAUAACUGAGGAUGUGAAGCUUGUAUACAUCAACUUAAGCAACAACCGUGGGGGGAUUGAAACUGCAAAUUUUUUGUCAAAGCUCCUUUCAUUUGCUCCAGAUCUUGUUGCAGUCAGUGCAGGAUAUAAUAUUAUGCCUGCAGAGUGCUUGGGAAUCAUAUACUCUGCGAUGGAACUUGCAAAAGGUAAACUGGAGUACGUGGACUUAAGGGGAAACUUCUUCUGCUACCAGCCUGCUCAUGCUUCUAUGCUUGCUAAAGUUCAGCAAAAUGGAAUGCCUGUUGUGCUUCUUCCCUCAUUCCCAUCCUCAGCUGAGCCCUAUGAUGAUGAUCCAUAGGAUGGAAUGGGUGCAAUGCAAAGAUACAUAUUACAGCUUCAAAGCUGAUGGAGUGUGAAGCCUCUACAAGCAAGCACACCUAUUUCAUGUUUACAGCUGGUUUGUUUGGAGUGGAAUUGAGGUAUGAACGAAAUUAUAGUGGAAAUGGAAUGAAAUGUGUUAUUUCAUUCUACUGUUUGAUCGAAAAAUUAAACCAGAUUGGAGUGGAAUGUUGGUUACAUUUUAAUGUUUGUUUAAUGUAAUAAGAUUCAGAGAAUGGAAUCAUGUCUAUAUUAUAUAUCACAAGUUCAAAUUAUAUAUAAUCGUAUCAUUGUCAAA